CCAACGUGGUGACGUUCGGUGCGUGUCGAGUGCGUGACAGUCAGAGGUUAAUUUUGCGCAUGCAAUGAAGUAAUUUCGCGAAAAUUAUGUAACGCGCGCAGCGGGUACAGAAAUUACAACGUGACAUUGUUUUUAACGCGCCGGGAAACCAUGCAGUUCCUGAAUCGGCUGUCCAAGCCGGGAGCUUAUCUGUCGCACGUGUCAUCCGCCGCCAAGUCGGUCUUGUCCAAGAGGUUCGUGCAUCGAGUUAACCCUAAGCUCACCACAAAGAAACUGUACGAGACGUUGGGCGUAGCGGAGAAUUGCGAGGACGAGACCCUGAGACUGGCAUUCGUUCAUCUUGCGAAGCGCUUUCAUCCGGACAGCGGUACGCCGGAGGCCGAUGCCGUUAGAUUUUCCGAGAUUGAAGGCGCUUAUAGAGAGAUUCGAAGAAUCAGGAACGCUCAGAGAGAUGAAACGGCAUCACUGGAAGUGGAAGAGUUCGAUAUCAAGCACACAGCGCCGCAGCAUCGUCAUUACUUGACCUACGACGUGGGUAUCGGCACGCCGAGCAAAAGGCAGCGGCUGCACACAAUACAGAGGGCUCAGAAGGCGGUCGACAAUGUGAUGGAGCACAGGCUGACGAAGCUGCAGGCCGAAGAGCGCAAUACGUUGGUCGGCAUGGACAAGCAGAAGGCCAAGGAUAUCAAAACUCGUUACGGGAUGGAUCGUCUGGUGGAGGACUUGAUUCAGGAGGCGAUGAGCAAGGGUGAAUUCAGCGAUCUAUCUGGAAUGGGAAAGCCGCUGAAGGCUACAAGCGCUAGAAAUCCUUACGUUGAUUUCGUGACGCAUAAAUUGAAUCAGAUACUGUUAGACAAUGGAUUCACUCCGGAGUGGAUACAGCUGUCGAAGGAAAUCAGGGAAGAGACCGAGGAAUUGGAGAAGAGAUUGACGGAGGCGCGUAAUGACGUGGGCGAGCUCCCGUUGUCUCCGAAAGACGAAAUGAUGUGGCGCGACAAAUUAGAAAAGUUCAAGACUACGACGAGGCAGAUAAAUAAUAAAAUUGAUAAGUACAACUUGCUAGUACCUAUACUUCAGAAGCAAAUGCUUCACGUGAAAUUGGACAAGUUCGCGGAGAAAGCGUUAUCAGUACCGCCCUCUAAAAAUAUCAAAAAAUAUGCGGACACUAGCCACGAAAGUUCGAAUAUGAGCAUGUCCCAGGACUUAUUUAAUUUCAUAAGCGACUUGUUCAGUAAAAAAAUUUCUUAGAGGAUGAGAGAAAUGUGAUAUCGUAACUUAUUUGUACAUGUAUAAGUAAUAAGAUUAAUAUAUAUAACAGUAUAAAAAAA